AUGGCCGCUAUGAGGAGAGUCAACGGGAAAUUAUCGGGAAUCAACCCAGUUGUCAGUUGCUCCCGCCUGCGUCAGGUUCAGUCUCUGCUCCUUAAGGGGGGCAUUACCACUCCUGAUGGCAUCCUGUGCUCUCUUGGAAUUGACAGCAGGUAUAAUGAGGGAUGCACUGAGCUGGCGAAAUACCUGUUCUAUGGACUAUAUGAAAGGAAUCAGCUGCAUCUGGAACAUGUCCUUGAGGAGUUUCCUGAUGAAAUGAUGGAUGAUGUAAUCCUGCUGAUCAAGGCAGAGUGUGUUCAUCUGUACUGCAACCCAAUGAACUACAGUUACCUGUUGCCCUACGUGUCCCACUGGAGGAACCUGCAUCUCUACUGCAUGACUGAGGCGGAGUGUGAAGAUGAAGAAGCAGCAGAGGAAUUCAAAAUCUCCAGUUUUGUCACAAUGGUGCAGGACUGCUAUCGCAUUGGAGUACCUUACAGCUCUCGGGGUCACAUCCAGAGGUUUGACAUGUUCAUGGUGGAAAAGUGGCCCCUGAUUCAAGCAUUUGCCCUGGAAGGCAUCGGUGGAGGGAGCUUUUUCACCAUGAAAUACAAGCUGAUGGACAUGAGUGAGAAGCUGUGGCAGGUUUACAACAGACUGGACCCAGUGUCCCUGGAUAAUCUCCUCACAGAGGACUUGGUGAACUUUGAGAAGCAGUGGAGUGGCUUUUUCUCCAGCAUGGACCUGGAGAGCCAUCUGUCCAUCUUGGAGCUUUCUGAAGCGCAGGCAGGAGAGGCUUUCCGUACUUACUACUCUCACGGACUGAUCUCUAGCAACAUCACAGAUAAAAGUAAAAGUCAGCAGCCCUUUGUGUUGUUUGGAAAGCAUUCCUCCUCAGAGGAUUUGGAGAGUUAUUCCUUCAACUUUCCCUCAGAGAGUCAUCAGGUCCGCAACACAGGACCUGUGGGUUCUGCAGCCAGACACAUGAUUCUACAGUGUGUGGCUCCCAAAGGACCUAUAGCCUGCUCUCGGACCUAUUUCUUUGGGACCAGCCACUCUCCAUACCUUGGAAAUGAAAACACAGAGCAAAAGACAACAGAAGUCUUGGUUUUGUCACAAAUAUAUUCAGCUGCUGUUCAAGCAGUCCUGUCAGGAAUCAAAUGCUUCUCCUUUACCUCCAGCGCUACCAAGGCGAAGGAUGUAGCAGAGAACACCUUUCUACUGGCUUUGGACUCGAUGAGUUUAAAUCAGUACCGCAGUUCUCUCAGGUCCAAAUGUGAAUUCAGCAUUCAAGCAGUGAAUAUGCAGGGAAGGAUCAUUCCGCUGACUGAUGAAGACAGCCGUUACGCUGUAAAAACAGCCUCCAUGAUUGUCUCUGACAUCCCAGACCUGCAGUGGGAGGGGGGCGACCUGGGCUCUGUGGUCUUCUCUGAAUCUUUCUUGGAGUCCAGCAUCAACAUUCAACAGAAAGAUGGCACUGUGUCAUCAGACAGCUGCUACACCAUCCUGACUACAACUGUGCCUCGAUACGCCUCCUGGCUGAUGGAAUCUGAUGUCAAGCAAUCUGAGCAAGCCCAACAUAUUGCUAAGAAAGAGGAAGGCACCUGUCUGGGAACUGCUCUGACUGUAGCUGAUGCUGCAUAUGUUUUCUCCAGCAGUCAGCUCUCCACACCUGAAGAAGGAAAAAUCAUUUUCCUCUCUGAUGGACUCCUGUUUAUCCAUUCUCAAUAUGGAAGCAUCACACUGUCCAAGGAUCACAUCAGCACCAUCAAGUUCUAUGACCCGGACUCCAGCGCUGUGGCCUCUCUCCUGGUGGAGUACGACAGCGGCCUGCUCCCCCACCUUCCAUUCCCACUCCACAGCGCUGACCAUUGUCUGGUCUUUGCUCUUCAGCCGAGGUCUAAGAGCCACAGGGCCUUCUAUUCCAAGGUUUUGUCUGUGUGGCAAAAAUCAACAUCUGGACUGAAUCUGCAAAUGGUGGACCAAAAGCACCUGACCUGGAACCAGAAAAACAUGCACACCAGACUGCAGAAGCUGCAUGACAGUCAGGAGCCACCGGUGGCCAAACGCAGAGGCAGCCUGAAGACUUCAUACUCCCAGCUGCCAGAGCAGGAAAUGUUUCUUCAGCACUUUGCGUUGAGUAGUAUCGGUCAGGAGCCCAUUCUGUACGACCACCUGGGGGUGCUCUUUCCCUCUGCAGAGCUGAGGAAUCCAGUAAAAUGUCAGGGAGACAAGGUUGUCAUCACCAUCAUCACUGGAUUACCAGGAAGCCAUAAGAACAGACUCUGCAACUUCCUGGUCCAGUUGAACAAGGAACAUGGAAGGUGGGUGGUGUACAACCCUGGUCCUGACAGCUGUGACGGCUUCUCAGCCUCUCACCUGCAGCAGUAUUUGUCCAGCUUCCUGGAGAGCCAGAGAGGCCCCGGAGGCAAACCCCGUCUGUUGGUUCUCUCACCUGGAUACACAGAUGUUCUGGAUGUGGUCCAGGCUGUGCUUUUCCACCCUGACCCAGUUGUCCAAGCGUGCUUCACCAUCGGCUCCGUCACUGCUUGUGUGGACCCCCUGGCCUCCUGUGUGGAGCACAGGUUUGCAUUUCCUAAACUGUUGGAGCAGUGCAGCCAAGGUAUUGUGAGUACAGUGGUGUUCACCGGGCUGACAGCAGAGCAGAAGCACCCUCUCAUGCAGCAUGUUCAGCAGUUGGUACGCUCCGCCAACCCCACCGCAGCCUUCAUUCUGGCAGAGAGAGGAGCUGUCACCAGGAAUGAAGACGUGAAUCUGAUAUUUUCUGAUAGCAGCUUCAGCGAGCCCCAGAUGCUGAGAGCACGUUAUGUCCUCUACCCUGGAUGGUGCAAAGGGCGCUUCUUCUCCGGCUGUGGGUCUCUGGUCCUCAGUCAGCAGCGCGUGGCUUUCAGCCGGCCCCUGGAGAGGCCUCUAUUUGUCACCCGCUGCAAAGCAUUCAAGUCAUCACUAAAGCAAAGCCCCUUCCGAGGAAAUGUGUACAAUGUUUGGGGAAAAGUCCGAUUUUCUGACUCAGACCAGCUGAUGGAGGUGAGCUACAACACAGUGAGCGGGAGCCUCAGCAUCGUCCCAGACCACAGCGUUGACCCUCUGAACCCGGGCCCCGAAGAGACCCACACCUCCUGCUUCCUGGUCUCUGAUGGUGUCGGCCUCACCGAGGAGGGACUGAAGGACUGGCUCAGGCUGUGUGCCAAGGAGAAGCAGAAAAAGAAACUGAAGAGGACUAAAAACACCCUUUCACAUCAAGAAAUCAAGAGCAUACAUAUGACCAGGCACCUGGACCCUCUACCACAAGGCUACUUCUACAACGGUCAUCAAUAUGUUGACAUCUUUGGAGAAAAGAUGAACUUCCAUCCCUACAUGGAAGACUUUAUUAAGGAGUACCUCGCCGAGGCCAACAAAGAGGUCGAGCUAUUCAACCGUCAGCUGGAGCUGCAGGGACAGCCUGACCUGUUUGAUCCCUGAUAGAAUCUCUGUGUAUGUCCACUGCCUCCAUCACUCUUAUUUAACUCUUAAAGGGAACCACUGUGGGAGGGACAGGGAGGGCACAGGGCUUAUGUACCGAACACUCCACUAGAAUGGUCAAUGUGUGGUCACACCACAUGAAGCUGCUGCUACGAGCCCAUUCAUUAUCUACGUACUAUGUCACUUUGUUCAUAAUUUGGUGACAUUAAAUAGGUCGAGUGCAGAUGAGCGUUUAAACAAUGACAUCACCGAUCAAAAAAAAAGUGCACGUGGCAUGGCGGUUUGCCUUAUUUCCUCACGACAACAUCACUAACUGUGCAGUUUGGCGAGUUCGGCAUCAUAUUUAUCAAAUUAAUGCGACAAAUCGAUGUGGUUGUCUCCGUUAAUCCAAAUUAAGACGGGUUGUCAAGAAAUGAGAGUUGCUCACAACUGCGGACAAAUCUGAAACAUAACGCAACACAAGACUCCAUCUUUAAACCGAUGUGAUUACGCCGCUAAGCCUGCGAGCGAUGAGACUUUCACAAUCGAAGGGAAUUUCCCAGAGCACUCUCCCGUAAGCCCGCGCGUUUCUGUGUAUCACAGUUGGCAAAUUAAUGCCUCUAUUUCUGGACAGGCAUGGAUAGCCGUGUGAUUCUGGUGGGCUCCCCGGUGGGGUUUCUCAAGAAUCGCUCCUCCUCUGUUGUCACCCAAUCCACGGCCCACCUGUUAUCUUGUCUGCGUGCCACGCUGCAGCAGAGGGAGCGCUUGGCCACCGAGCUGUAAACAUUGGACAGCCUGCUGGCUGCAGACAACUGAUGAAUGAUGCCGUUAAUCACAUAGCUAAACGCCGGCCCGGUGCUUUAUUUUAAGACUCUUAAAGUGAAUCUAAGGAAAGUGCAAUAAAGCAGACUUCAGUCCUUGCAGCAAAGCGUCCUUGUUAUUAAACAGCUGAGGCCGUCAAGAAACACAUUGAACCACUGAGGUAACACAGUCCAACACAACCUUAAAGCACUCGAUUCUGUUUUUUAUAAAGCUGCUAGUUAAAAGUGAGAAACCAGGUAGUUAAGCAAAAGCCUCACUGCAGCCAGGUGUGGAUCACUCAUUUCACCAUUUUGGUCAAAAAGGUAAUUUCUUGUAAACAUUCCAAUGUUUAGUUUCUUUCUUUUGGGUCACUGCUUUUGGGAGGGAGAAGGGGAAAACGAGAUAAUCUGGGGAUGUUGGGUUAGGUUUGGGUAAACAUGAGUAGAGCCUUUAGUGACCGGAAUAAGGCUUCGUAUCGGUGAUGUGAUGUUGCAGAGAAUCAGACUUUGUGUCCUGUUUAAAUGAGUAGUUAUGCUACAGUCCUCUCUGCGUUCGUGUGUCACACUAAUGUCCUAUGCAUGUCUUCCUCUUGUCAGGGUUCCUACACAGGAUUCGAAAUUUGUUUGCGAAAUAUGUCCGAUAAUUUCCGUGGAAAAAAUGCGUCGUCGUCAAUUGUGUCAGCUGCACAUUUGGGUUCCUGUGAGAACCGCUUUGUGAUGUCUAAGCAAACAAGCUUUUCAAAGUAAAAGCGUGGUAAAUAAGUGGAAUUUAGAAGUUGAAGAGUGUAGGAACCCUGGUACAAUCUCUGGAGCUUUGAUGGCUUUCAUUCAUAAUGGGGUCAGCAGUGUUACAUGAAAACUAAUUAACACGUUUUGGGUCAAGUGGUGCUAACUUUCGAGUGGAUUGAUGCUCACAAAGGAACAUUUUAGUGCACGUAGAAUAUGUGCACAUGCUGCUGCUACUACAACGGUUCGAUAUAUUGCAUUGGCCUUUUACAAUGUACCAAAAAAACCAGUAUUCACUGAGUACUCUGAGAUAUUUACCGUGUCGGAUAGGAGAAGAAGUUUGUUUCUGUUAAGAGCAUAAUCUAAUUCCUAAGCCGUGGAGGGAAAUGUUUGCUUUUAGGUUCUUAUCUCGGAUAUUAUUAGAUCAGUGGCGACCUUAGUGUUGCCAUUCACAGCGGCGGCUAUGUCAUGUUUUACAUGUCAGCCUGUCAACAGCCAGUAAAAAGAAUACAUAAUGCAGUUUUCAGCUGGCAGGCAAAAGAGAGAGUGAUAACAUUGUUAGCAAGUUAUUUCUCCCCCCUUUGACUUGUGUCAAUCAGUGCAGAGUCAAAUAAUCCAGAAUCUGAACUCAAGCUGACACUGCUGGCCCCAUCCGUCCUCUCAGUCGAGUCCACUUUGAUCCGAACAAGCCAUACCGUCUUAUGCUAGAUGUGCCACUGUCUUUUAGGAGAAUAAUACAAAGCAUAGAAUAGCACAGAGCGAUGAAGUAUGCCUCUAACACGUAUUACCCCAUGGCAUGUUCCAGCCAGCAGAAGAUGAGCUCACAUGGAGAGGAGGAGCUCACCCAAAGUUACUCAUUCCUCUCUUACACUCCUGCUCUUUUACUCUAUAAAAGAAGUGCAAUUGUACCUUGUGUUUUUAUAUAUAUAUAUAUAGAUAUAUUGUACUUACAGUACCCUCUUUAAAAGCUCUUUAAGGACAAAGCUGAUCAAACAGAUGAAGCUGCUAAAUUCUCAGUCUCUCACAGCUCGUGUUCGGUGGUCUGCUGGAUUCUGGGUAUGAUCGUUUGUAGCUCCCAUAACACCAUAAAGGGUCUUGUUGCAAAAUGAGAUGCCACUUAGGAAAAAAAUGAUUUACCUCGGCAACAAAUGACAACGUAAUCCAGCAAACAGAUUACAGUGUUUAAUUUUUUAAGUGGGGCAAGAUAAUACCCAACAUUAAUCCUCUGUUGACAAAAUAGAAAGUGUUGUUUAAGCCGGAUGCCCUGUUUAACGUUUCAGGGAUGCACUCUUGUUUCGAGCACCAGUUGCUGUCAUUCUGCAGUUACGUAAUACUGCAGAGAGUUCCUCUGACUGACAGCGAAAUAGUUGUGAGGCUGAUGUGAUGGGACACUAAGGGUUCCACCACUUUCAAAACCUGCUGCACACGUCAAAGAGCAGGGAAACGGAGACUAUAAUUGGCCACGAGAUCAAAAAGGAGUCCUUAAAGAGCUGUUUGUGAUAUUGAAAAGAAAUAACACUAACACAUAUACACGACUACUACUACAAGUACGUCCACACUACUUUGCAUGUGUCGAGAUUUGUCAUGUGAAUAUGAUACCGCGUAUAUUCCGACAAAAUUGCCUUUCACCAAAACUGGUCCAACAAAGAGAAAAUGAUCUCGUUUAUUUUACAUAUCUGCUAAGAAAUUUGAAUUACCUCGGACAUGAAAUAGUAUUUUUAUAAGACUGUGAAUUGAGCGUUCUAGAUGCAAGAAAAACGUUUCCUCUCGCAAAAGCGGAUGCAAAUUCUUUUUUAGGAAAAAAAAUAAAAUAAAAACAACCUCAAAAGGAGAAUCUGAUCUGAUUGUGAGACGUCAGGUUUCUCCGAUCCAGCAGUGCCUUGGCCACGGCUAAGAAAAGCAGAGAUUAAAGCUGCAUUCAGAGCUCCAUACCGCUCCCUGACUCUCGGGGAGGAGGGAGGAGGAGGUGUUGUCAGGCGAGGAUCCGUCCUUCAACAGUGUUGGUGAAAGGAAUCCAUAGAGUCGUUCUUUAAAGCAAUGUGUUUUUACCAAGUCAGAGGGUAAAGUAGGCGAUGUCACACAGGGGGGGGGCCGUUGGAGGGCUCGGGGCGAUUCAGGUAUACUUACAAACUAACCAAAACAGAUGUUGGAAUACGGGCUGGGUACUACAGAGAGCACAGUUUGGACACUUACGUCGUAUUUACUGCUAUUUAACGUUGAGCUGCGUUGUUGUCAAUGUUCCUUUAACAUCAAUAACAAUAUCUUAAAUAAUAGGAAAUAGAGAUCAUUAUUCUACGCCCAGCCCUAGUUGGUACGCAAAACCUCGAAAGGUGCGGACCGAACAAAAAGAGGAUUGAGUUUGUUGGGUGACCCCUCCUGAUAUUGCACAUGGGGGCGGCCAAAGAGCCCUCCACAAGCCUCUCAGUGUGACCGCUACGCAGCUCUCUGGCAAACCGAGCACCCGGGUGUCUUCAUCCUGUGUGUGGAGGCGAGCCACUCUGUAGCUGAAGUUAUAGGACAAAAACAAAGUUUGGUGUUAAAUCGUUUUAUAUAAAGGGAGGGGGGGGGUUUAUUGUACUGCAAUAUGACAACACAGUGCAACACAGUUUUUUUUUUUUUUGUUCUUUUCAAGUUUUGAAUAUUUGCUCCGAAGUCAAAAGGGCCAACUGUGUGGAAUGUAUGCACUUCUUGAAGAGGUGGAUAUUUUUAAAGGUGUUUUAUUUUGUUGUUUUUUUUGCUUAUUGGAGAAGUCGCCUUGGAAAUGUCAUUUUGAAACCGUCCAAACAUUUCUCAGGCCUCGGGGUGGAACUGUUCAGACUAAUCGUUGGGGCCGUUCCGUCUUAUCAAGGUUCAAAGGGAAUCACAUGCCCACAGUCCUCACAGACACAGAGAGGAAUUUGCUCAGGUGUUCUUAUUAUUUCCUCACCUGAGAUUACAUAUUUGCCCCCAAAAAGAGAGGGGGUGGAAUUGUGGACAAAAUAUCCUCUGACCGUGCAAAAAAAAAAAAAGGGAGUUUGUUAAUCUGUGUCAAGUAACGGUAACGACUCAUGUCAUGAUGGCAGAAUUAGAUCUGGGAAAGAAAAAUAAAAAGCAAAGGGCUCAUUUCUUCUCCUCCGUCUACAGGCCGUCCAACGUAAAAAGAAGAAAACUCACUUCAAAAGUGCCAAACUGACUUCCACAUUUUCUUUUUAAGGGUGUUCACGUAAAGUGAGCAAAAACUGAAUUGCAUUUGCACAAAACAACUACUGUAACUUCUGUUUUUUUCCUGUGACUGAAGCUUUUAUAAUCUGUUUGUUUUUAUUGCACCACGUAUCCUAUUAAAUAUUUAUAUGGUU